AUGGCCGAUAUCGCCCUCUGUGAUCAGGGCACUAUGGCGACGAUAAACGCACCUGAGCUGGACCACGCUUACGUCUACAACGCGCUCCGAAAAAUUGAGCUUAUGAAGCAUGUCCGAAAGCAACCGCUUCCUAGACGAGAGCUGCCAAGGCGAGAGGAAGGGUUGACAUCGACUAUGUGUUCUAGCCAAGACAAGGCCAGGAAGCCCUCAUACUGGGACCAUCUCAGUUAUAAGCACACUUUAUUCUCACGUAUCGAAGAGGCUGAAGCGAAAUUAUCAGACGAGAUCGAUGUGCACAUCAAGCCCUACGCUGCGCUCAGAUGCUAUGCCAUUUGCGACGACAUGCAAUGCAAGCUACCGCGUGAAAUACGAGAGAUGAUCUACGACUCGCUCAUAGUCGACCGUCUGGUGUCCAUUGACGAGGAAGAUUUCAAGCCCAUCAAAGAACUGGAAGCGACGAGACCUUUGCUUUCAAAUUGCAAAUAUCUCCUAGACCCUGCUUUUGCCGACCCAGCCACGAAAUACGAGGUACUUGAAUUCUGGUACAAGUCGUGCACCUUUCAUUUCGAAAGCGAAGGGUUUGUCAACAAGCUAGUCGAACAAGACUUCUGGGACCUUCAGUUGCCAGUAUACGAUCUUGUGAAGAAAAUCGCCGUUCAAGUCUGGUAUCCCGAAGUGCUCCGGAAAACGGAAGCCAGAUAUUACAACAAUCGUGCAAUUGCAUUGAAAGAACUAGAAUGUCUCUUUGCUCUUAAGCCGCGUACUCAUAUCACGCUGAUACUACCCACGGAAAAGUCUCGCGCCAUUUGGGAUUAUACUGAUGAGGAUAUUCAACUACUUGUGUCAUUUUACAGUGAGGUGUUCCCUUUGGCGGAGAGGUUGAUUGACUCCGGGUACCGUCUGAGCGUGGAAGUGGACCCUGCACUCAGUUUUGAUGUCACCAAGGCUGAGCUCAGCGAUGAAUUUUGGGUACAGAUGAUAAGUAAAAAAGUCUUGGAAGAGAAAGAUAACGAACAGGAGCAGGAAGACAGCGAACAGGAAGAGGAAGACAACGAAUAG